AUGACCUACACCAGCCUGCCGCAGGGGGUCUCCCCCCCGUUUGCGGAGAACAAUGCUCACAACCACACGGGGCUGAUCAUAAUCUUCGCCAGCGUAUGUCUGUUUCUCACGCUCAGCUCACUUGCGAUGCGGAUCUACGCCACGACGCAGCGAUCGAUGGUCCUGAGCGAUGAUUACCUUCUAGGAGUUGCCGUCGCUGUCGCCAUCACGCAGACAAGCAUCAUCUUCUACCAGACUCAUCUAGGCUGGGGGAAGAGCUCCGAGCUCCUCGACCCAUCCCACACCGAGGCAAUGGUCAAGAGUGUAUACGCCUCCGACCUCCUCUACAUCCUCAUCCUCGGCCUCUCCAAAUGCUGCACCAGUCUCCUGUACCAACACCUCAGCACCCACGCGACCCGCUGGAUCCCACGCAGUAUUCUGGGUGCAUCGAUCGUGUGGACGAUCGUCGCCGUCAUCCUCGUUGCGGUCCGCUGCAGCCGUACCCACCCGUGGACCGAUAUCAACGACAAAUGUUCCGAUCUACAACCGCACUGGACAGUCAUAACAACCCUCGACAUCCUCCUCGAACUCCUCCUCUUCAUCUACCCCAUCAAACUAAUCUACAGCCUCCGACUGCGCCGGUCCCGCAAACUAACCGUCCUGGCGCUGCUAGGUAGUCGCGGAAUGUAA